AUGGCGACUUCCGGGCAGCGCACGUUCAAGCGAAACGCACAUAUCAAUUACUUCUUGCGCUGUCUGGGAGCACUGCCGGCGUCGGCAGAAGGGCACGAUUCGAACCGGAUAACGAUCGCCUACUUCUGCUUAUCGGGACUGGAUCUUCUAGGUGCUCUGGAGAAGAAGACUACGGAAGAGCAGCGGAAAGGCUGGGUGGAGUGGAUAUGGUCUCUGCAAGCUCCUGAGGGCGGAUUCCGCGGAUCGACAUAUAUGACCACCUCAAAUCCUGAGACAUCCCCGGGUCAUCUUCCCUCCACAUACACCGCACUCCUCUGCCUCGCCAUCCUCCGAGCGCCAUUAGACCGGCUGAACAGACCCGGCCUGAAGGCAUUCCUGCGGCGCUGUCAAGCUCCGGACGGAUCCUUCUCGCCACUCCCUCGUACAUCCAGCUCCCACACCACAGACUUUCAGAGUGACCUACGGAUGACCUACUGCGCAGUGGUCAUAGCCGAUAUCCUCAAAGACGUGUCCGCGUUUGACCGGUCGUCCUGCAUCUCUUUCAUGAACCAAUGUCGCACCUGGGAAGGAGCUUAUGCGUCUCGCGCUGGUGUGACUGAGGCACAAGGCGGAACAACGUACUGCGCUGUCGCGUCGCUAUCGCUUUUACAGCCCGACACGCCAAAUCGGGAAGAUACCAUACGGUGGUCGACCCAGCGCCAGCUCGGCGGGUUUCAGGGCCGUCCCGGAAAGCUACAAGAUGUUUGCUAUUCAUUUUGGAUUGGUGCCGCUCUAGGAAUACUAGGUCAACCGGAUCUGCUCGACUCAACAUUAAAUACCGCCUUUCUCCUUUCCGCUCAAUCCCCACUAGGCGGUUUCGGGAAAGAGCCAGACGACUACCCGGACCCCUAUCACUCCUACCUAGCUCUGGCCGCACUUGCUCUUACGCCAGACCCAGACCUCGACCUCAAGCCCCUAGAUGCGAGAUGGAACAUCAGCCGAGAUACUGCAGACUGGCUAAGAGAGGAGAUAAGAGAACAAUCGUUAGAUACAUAG